GCUUUUUUUCCUGGCGGGGGUUUGGUGAGAAGGCUGGGCUGGCAGCGUCUGUGAGGAGUUAGCUCGCGGCGUUGCAGGCUCUGAGUGUAGGGGACCCGGUUCCCGGGUGAGUGUCCAGGCAUGCCAGCGGAACGGCCCGCGGGCAGCGGCGGCUCGGAGGCUCCAGCAAUGGUUGAACAACUGGACACUGCCGUGAUUACCCCGGCCAUGCUAGAAGAGGAAGAACAGCUUGAAGCCGCUGGACUAGAGAGAGAGCGGAAGAUGCUGGAAAAGGCUCGCAUGUCUUGGGAUAGAGAGUCGACAGAAAUUCGGUACCGUAGACUUCAACAUUUGCUUGAAAAAAGCAAUAUCUACUCCAAAUUUUUAUUGACGAAAAUGGAACAGCAACAGUUAGAGGAACAGAAGAAGAAAGAAAAAUUGGAGAGAAAAAAGGAGUCUUUAAAAGUUAAAAAGGGUAAAAAUUCAAUUGAUACAGGUGAAGAGAAGCCAGUUAUGAGGAAAAAAAGAGGAAGAGAAGAUGAAUCAUACAAUAUUUCAGAGGUCAUGUCAAAAGAGGAAAUUUUGUCUGUGGCUAAAAAAAAUAAAAAGAAUGAGGAUGAAAACUCUUCCUCUACUAAUCUCUGUGUGGAAGAUCUUCAGAAAAAUAAAGAUUCAAAUAGUAUAAUUAAAGAUAGAUUGUCUGAAACGGUUAGGCAGAAUACUAAAUUCUUUUUUGACCCAGUCCGGAAGUGUAAUGGUCAGCCAGUACCUUUUCAACAACCAAAGCACUUCACGGGAGGAGUGAUGCGAUGGUACCAAGUAGAAGGCAUGGAAUGGCUUAGGAUGCUUUGGGAAAAUGGAAUUAAUGGCAUUUUAGCAGAUGAAAUGGGAUUGGGUAAGACAGUUCAGUGCAUUGCUACUAUUGCAUUGAUGAUUCAGAGAGGAGUACCAGGACCUUUUCUUGUCUGUGGCCCUUUGUCUACACUUCCUAACUGGAUGGCUGAAUUCAAAAGAUUUACACCAGAUAUCCCUACAAUGUUAUAUCAUGGAACCCAGGAGGAACGUCAAAAAUUGGUAAGAAAUAUUUACAAACGGAAAGGGACUUUGCAGAUUCAUCCUGUGGUAAUCACGUCAUUUGAAAUAGCCAUGAGAGACCGAAAUGCGUUACAGCAUUGCUAUUGGAAAUACUUAAUAGUAGAUGAAGGACACAGGAUUAAGAAUAUGAAGUGCCGUCUAAUCAGGGAGUUAAAACGAUUCAAUGCUGAUAACAAACUUCUUUUGACUGGUACUCCCUUGCAAAACAAUUUAUCAGAACUUUGGUCACUGCUAAACUUUUUGUUGCCAGAUGUAUUUGAUGACUUGAAAAGCUUUGAGUCUUGGUUUGACAUCACUAGUCUUUCUGAAACUGCUGAAGAUAUUAUUGCUAAAGAAAGAGAACAGAAUGUAUUGCAUAUGCUGCACCAGAUAUUAACACCUUUCUUAUUGAGAAGACUGAAGUCUGAUGUUGCUCUUGAAGUUCCUCCUAAACGAGAAGUAGUCGUUUAUGCUCCACUUUCAAAGAAGCAGGAGAUCUUUUAUACAGCCAUUGUGAACCGUACAAUUGCAAACAUGUUUGGAUCCAGUGAGAAAGAAACAAUUGAGUUAAGUCCUACUGGUCGACCAAAACGACGAACGAGAAAAUCAAUAAAUUACAGCAAAAUAGAUGAUUUCCCUAAUGAAUUGGAAAAAUUGAUCAGUCAAAUACAGCCAGAGGUGGACCGAGAAAGAACUGUUGUGGAAGUGAAUAUCCCUGUAGAAUCUGAAGUUAAUCUGAAGCUGCAGAAUAUAAUGAUGCUACUUCGUAAAUGUUGUAAUCAUCCGUAUUUGAUUGAGUAUCCUAUAGACCCUGUUACACAAGAGUUUAAGAUCGAUGAAGAAUUGGUAACAAAUUCUGGGAAAUUCUUGAUUUUGGAUCGAAUGCUGCCAGAACUAAAAAAAAGAGGUCACAAGGUGCUGCUUUUUUCACAAAUGACAAGCAUGUUGGACAUUUUGAUGGAUUACUGCCAUCUCAGAGAUUUCAACUUCAGCAGGCUUGAUGGGUCCAUGUCUUACUCAGAGAGAGAAAAAAAUAUGCACAGCUUCAACACAGAUCCAGAGGUGUUUAUCUUCUUAGUGAGUACACGAGCUGGUGGCCUGGGCAUUAAUCUGACUGCAGCAGAUACAGUUAUCAUUUAUGAUAGUGAUUGGAACCCCCAGUCGGAUCUUCAGGCCCAGGAUAGAUGUCAUAGAAUUGGUCAGACAAAGCCAGUUGUUGUUUAUCGCCUUGUUACAGCAAAUACUAUUGAUCAGAAAAUUGUGGAAAGAGCAUCUGCUAAAAGGAAACUGGAAAAGUUGAUCAUCCAUAAAAAUCAUUUCAAAGGUGGUCAGUCUGGAUUAAAUCUGUCUAAGAAUUUCUUAGAUCCUAAGGAAUUAAUGGAAUUAUUAAAAUCUAGAGAUUAUGAAAGGGAAAUAAAAGGAUCAAGAGAGAAGGUCAUUAGUGAUAAAGAUCUAGAGUUGUUGUUAGAUCGAAGUGAUCUUAUUGAUCAAAUGAAUGCUUCAGGACCAAUUAAAGAGAAGAUGGGGAUAUUCAAGAUAUUAGAAAAUUCUGAAGAUUCCAGUCCUGAAUGUUUGUUUUAAACUGGAGCUCAAGAAUAGCUUUUAAAAGUUCUUGUUUACGUCUAGUGAUUUCCCUGUAUUGGGUUUGAAAUACUGAUUGUCCACUUCACCUUUUUUAUUAUGUCAGUUGACAUGUAACUAGUACCAUGCGUACUUAAAUAGAUGGUAAUUUUCUGAGCCUUACCAAGAACAAAGAAGUAUCCAUUUUAAGUUUAGAUUUUCAGUUAAUUUUUGAGACUGAGUAGUAUUCUUGGAUACAGGCUGAUGUGUACUUAACCACUUCCAGAUUUAUACAGUCUUCCUGUGGAAGUUUAGUAAAUGUCUUUUUCCCUCCUUUCUUCUAGUAAUGCAGUUCAUGGGCUUUAGGUACUUCAGUUAUGAAGUAGGCUUUUCAUGGGGAGAGAUUGGGAUUAUGCUCUCUGUUGUUUAAGAAAUUGUUUGAUUUUAGAGUCUAUUUCUAUGAGAUAGUUUACCAAAUAAAUAUUCCUUAUAAGA